AUGAUUUCCUCCCUCGCUCGGUCCCCGGGAGCCAGCCGAGUGUCUGCGUCGGGGGAGGGCGGAUGUGGGGCGGCCUCCCGCGGCCCGGGAGUGGGUGGCGGCUGCGGCGGGGGGCCCGGGGUGCGGGCCGGCUUCCUGGUACCGACUUUGGCCGGAGUUUCCCAGCCCCAGCUAGGUUCUCCGUCGAAGGAGGGGAGGGGGGAACAACUUUUCACUCGUGACACCGCCCGGAAUUGCCGUGCGAAACUCACUUCCUGCCUUGGCGAAAAGCAGGAUCCAGCUCGGGCCAGGGGAACCCGGAAAACCAGCUCGGCGCGCGCCGCCGGGGGGAGGGGACGCGAGCCGAGCCCAGCGGGGCCGGGCCGGACCGAGGGGGGCGUCGGCCGCCAGCCGCGGGCUCGGGGCCACCGGCGGGCCGCGCCGCGCACACCCGACGGCGGCCCAACGCGGCCGGCGGGGGCGAGGACGCGGCCGGGGCGCUCGGCGAGCCUGGGCCGCGCUAGGCCGCCUCCGCCUCGCCGCCACCCCCCGAGCCGGGCGGCGGGGUUAUUGUCUCGGAGGCGCCUGCCGCGCCCUGCGCCCGCGUCGCGCCGGAGCCCGGGUAACCGAGGAGCCGGGCGGGCUCGGCGUCGGCCCCCUCUCCGGGCCGUCGAUCGGUCCUUCCGUCUGUCCUUCCGUCCCUCUUCUCCGCCUUCUCCACUCGCCCGAGAGCCCUCUCGGCUCCCGCUCCCGUUUUCCCGCCGCCGUCCCUCCGCUCCCCUUUCUCGCCUUCCUCCCCGGCGUCCGAGGCUCCCCGGUGAGGCGCGGGCGGCAGGGGCCGGCGGCAGCCCGGUCUCCUCACGGGGCCGCGGCAGGGGGCGAGGCUGCGUCCCCCCACGCCGCCGCGCCGCCUUCACUCGAACCGCGGCGGCUGCGGCGCCACCGCCCCGGCGGCGGAGGGGAGGGGGCGGGGCUGCCUCCCGCCGCCUGCGCCCCCGCCGCCUGCGGCCGGGCCCAGGGGCGGCGCGAGCCGGGCUGCGCGCGCGGGGGCGGCGCGGGCCGACGUCGGCGGCGGGCCGGGGGCCGCGCGGGAGGCGCCGCCGCCCUCGGCCCCGCGGGCGACCCCGGCCGCGCUCCCGUAGCCGCGACCCCCGGCGGCCUCCGCGCGCCCAAAGCCUAGUGGACGGGGACCCCCACCAGGCCUCCGCCGCCCACCGGCCUCCCGAGUUUCUUUGUACGGCUACGAUCGGUGCCCGGGGGUGGCUCGAGCCCCGUUCCGAUUUACAGGCAGCAGGUAUCUGUUUUCAGCCGCUGCGCUGCGACAUCCUCCGCAACCUCAGGUCGCAGGAAACCACCGCGGCGGCUCGGCGGAGCUUCCCACGCCCGCCCGCAGCCCGGGCUCCCCGAAGGCUCGGCCUCACCCCGGCCGCGAGACAAAGCUGGCGCGGGGAAGGGGAAAAAUGGCCCGCGAAGCUGCCUCCCGGUAGCGCCUUUGUUCGAGGAAACACGGGGUGCACGCGGAAUGCGACCACGUAG